AUGGACUUCAUUGUGGUUAUUGUGAGACUCAUUUCUUACCUUGUUGCCCUCUACCAGUUCCUUCGGACAAAACUGGGAAGCCUCAGAGUCACCGAGACGACCACUUCCUGCCCGCUAGCCAUUGUAGGGAUUGGGCUGAGGCUUCCCGGUGGAGUCAAGAACGACUCUGAAUUCUGGGAUCUGCUCGUGAACAAGCGGUGCGCUCGAAAGGAGUUGCCUGCAGACAGGUACAACAUCGACGGGUUCGAUAGCGAGUCGGGCCAAAGGGGAUCUGUGCGUUGCAAGUAUGCCUAUUGCUUGGAUGAAGAUAUCAGCCAAUUCGAUGCGGAGUUCUUCAACAUCUCUCCUGUCGAGCUGGCCAGAAUGGACCCACAGCAACGACUCUUACUAAAGGUGGUCUGGGAAUGUAUGGAGAGCGGAGGUCAGGUUGCAUGGCAGGGAAAGGACAUUGGAUGUUUUGUCGGAGUCUCUGGUGAAGACUGGCUGGAUAUGACCCGCAAGGAUUAUCAGAAUCUGGGGCAGGGUCGGGUUGGUGACACAGGCGAUUUCGCUAUCGCUAAUCGAGUUUCUUACCAGUACGAUCUCAGGGGACCCAGCUGCACCGUUCGAACAGCCUGCUCCUCAUCUCUUGUCGGCCUCCAUAUGGCUCAACGUGCCAUUGCAACAGGGAGGUGCUCGUCCGCGAUUGUGGCAGGUACCAGUCUUCUUCUCACGCCAACAUACACCAUUGCCAUGACCGAGGAACGAGCACUGUCUCCAGAUGGAAAGUGUAAGACGUUCGACGCGUCUGCAGAUGGGUACGCUCGCGGCGAGGCAAUCAACGCUAUCUACGUGAAGAAGCUAGAGGAUGCCAUUCGCGACAAUGAUCCCAUUCGCGGGGUGAUUCGUGGAACGAGUACAAACAGUGAUGGAAAAACAACAGGACUAUCUACUCCCAGCGCUGAGGCCCAAGCAGAGCUCAUUCUAAAAGCCUAUGAGCAGGCUGGGAUUUCGGACCUGUCGCAGACGGCCUAUAUCGAGGCUCAUGGCACAGGAACCACUAUUGGAGACCGAACCGAGGCUGCGGGAAUUGCCAAAGCUUUUGGUCAAAAGGGGAUCAUUCUGGGCGCGGUCAAACCGAACCUCGGCCAUUCCGAGGCUGCUUCGGGACUCACUGGUCUGAUCAAAGCUGUGCUAGCUCUCGAGCACCGACAGAUCCCGCCAAACAUCCAUUUCUCCACGCCCAACCCAGGCAUUCCCUUCGAGGAAGCUCGACUAAAAGUGCCCACAAAAACACUAACCUGGCCAGUGAACCGCAUGGAAAGGGUUAGCGUCAACUCCUUCGGUAUUGGGGCCGUAAACGCGCAUGCCAUUGUCGAAUCAGCUUCGUCCUAUGUCCGGACUCCAAAGAGGAACAAAGCCAGCAAAGGACGCUCAUAUCUCCAUGUUUUUUCUGCCGAUAGCACAGAAUCACUCAAGGCGCGACUUGACUCAACGAAGGAAUAUCUUGCUACCAGCCGAGUACCCACAAUUGAUAUCGCAUACACACUAUGCAACCGUCGAGAUCACAUGGUCUAUCGAGGCUUUGUGACCAGCGACGACGGUGGUCAGCCUGCCGUGUCUGAUGCGCGCAGAUCACCUACGAAGCACCCAUCCCUGGUAUUUGUCUUCAACGGGCAAGGCGCGCAGUGGGCAGGUAUGGCAGCGGAGCUUCUGCAAAUUUUUCCUUCCUUUCGCAGCAGUAUCAGAAGAAUGGAUCUGGCGUUGAUGGCACUGGAUGACCCUCCAUCGUGGACGAUUAUAGAUACUCUUGCUAAUACAGCCGGAUGCUGGACCAGCAAAGCGGAGUUUGUGCAGCCUCUAUGCACGGCCCUUCAAAUCGGGCUUGUGGACGUACUUGCUGAGUGGAAUAUUCGGCCAGCUACAGUAGUGGGCCAUUCUAGUGGAGAAAUAGCUGCAGCAUACGCGAUGGGGAGUUUGACCGCAGAAGAAGCAAUCACAAUUGCUUUCUAUCAUGGUAAAUUAGUCAGCUCACUGCCCGUUAGAGGGGCCAUGGCUGCCAUUGGUUUGAACGCCCAAGAAGCUGAAGAGUUCCUGGUGGAGGGCGCUGUGAUCACCUGUGAGAAUAGCCCUCAAAGUGUGACCAUCUCUGGCGAUGUGGAUAUGGUUGAAGCGGUAGCGGAGAAGAUCAAACUUUCGCGGCCGGAUACCUUCUACAGGCGCCUUCGAUUCAAUAUUGCGUACCAUUCACAUCACAUGAAAGCCAUCGGGGGUGCAUACAGGACCAUUCUCACAAAAUACAUUGGAACUUAUCCUCCCCUUCCAUAUUCCACGGUGAGCGCAAAUUCCCAGCCAGGGCCGCCUCAAUUGGAUGCUGUGUACUGGCAGAAUAACCUGGAAUCUCCGGUGCGCUUCUCCUCAGCAGUCCAGUCCUUACUCAAGGACACGGGAAAUGCAGUCUUCCUCGAGCUCGGCCCGCACUCAACACUCGCAGGUCCCCUUCGGCGGAUCUUCUCAACCAGCCGACCCCAGUCAAGCCCAGUUCACGUUUCCACACUGGCCAGAAGGAAAGGCUUGGUCAGCAGUUUGAUGGUCGCCGUUGGCCAUUUAUAUACCCUUGGAGUGGACGUCAACCUCGGCCUUGUCAACGGGACCGGUGAUGAGACGGUUCUCACAGACUUGCCCCUUUACCCAUGGCAGAAACGCACCGCAUACCGGGAAGAAAGCAGGGCCACGAAGAGGCGGAACUUCGGGAAGUUCCCCCAUCAUGAGCUUCUGGGUUCUCCAGUGCUCGAGGCUAGCGAUUUGGAGCCUGCGUGGAGGAACAUUCUUCGAUUGGAAGAUGUGCCGUGGCUGAAGGACCAUCGCGUUGGUGGUGACAUUGUCUUCCCGGAUGCUGAAUAUGUCGCUAUGGUGGGAGAGGCUAUGCGAAGGAUCACUGGCAUUCCUGAAUAUACCGUCCAUCAGCUCCAUAUAAAUAAUGCCUUGCUACUUCAAGCGGGGACCCCAGUGGAGCUUAUAACGAACCUCAGACCAGCAAGAACCACCAGUGUGUCGGACUCGGCGGCUUAUGGGUUCACCAUUUCCUCGCUCACUAACGAGCACUGGACAAAGCAUUGUACGGGAUUGGUCAGGAGUGGAAUAGGGGCGCGAAACCCUGAUUGUUGUCUUCUAGACCCCUCGCCCCGCAGGAUCGAUUCAAUCGUCUGGUACCGCGCCCUUUCCACGCGUGGCUUGACCUACGGCCCAACCUUCCACGGCUUGGAUGAUAUUACAGUGGAUCCUGUUGGGGAAAAUGCGAUUGCUACCGUGAAUGGAAACUCUCAUGGUAGCGAAUCAUUCUACCACAUCCAUCCCACUGUCAUCGACCAGGGUCUGCAGCUGAAAAUCUUGGUGAAGUGUGGCGGCAAGCCACGCAAAAUCGAGCGGCCAGGGGUACCGAAGACAAUCACGAAGAUUCAAAUAGCGCGCGUUGGCAAAGCUCUCCGUAUCCAAAUGCAGAGCUGCACAUUCAGCAGCCUGGACAUGCGGGAGAGAGUUGAUGGUUUGGCAGCGGUGAAGAUGAAGUGGGCUCCUUAUGUUAAUCUCGUCGCAGGGACCGAAUGCUCAGGUGGGAUUGCCGACCUCCUUGUCGGCCAAAUGUCCAAAACAAGGGGACUGAAUGGCCUUGCCAAGGACGGCAUUGGAGUGAGCAUGCACCGCAAUCUCAACGUGUCCCGCGAAAACGCACUCGACUCUGGCGACAGUCCACUGAAACAAUUUCUCAACACAGUGGCUGCGAAUCCCCACGUCUUGCGUGGUGACUCAAGCCUCGAGAUUGUCACCAAUUAG